GAAAUUUUUUUUUUGUGGUUUCUUUCAGCAGUCAUGUCCGAGACGGCGCCGGCAGUUGCAGUCAGUGCUGCGGCUCCUGUUGUAGCCUCGAAAGCUCCGGCUAAAAAGGCGAAGAAAGCAGGCGCUGCCAAAGCCCGCAAGGUUUCAGGUCCUAGCGUCACAGAGUUGCUCACCAAGGCGGUGGCCGCUUCGAAGGAGCGCAAAGGAGUGUCUCUGGCAGCCCUUAAGAAAGCCUUAGCCGCUGGAGGUUACGAUGUGGAGAAGAACAACAGCCGGAUCAAGCUUGGCCUUAAGAGCCUGGUGAACAAAGGCACCCUGGUUCACACGAAGGGAAUUGGUGCCUCGGGUUCCUUCAAGAUCGGCAAGAAAGCCGGCGAGGGGAAGGAGAAGGCACCUAAGAAGAAGGCCGUCAAAGCCAAGAAACCCAUUGCCAAGAAGCCCGCCAGUGGCGUUAGGAAGCCGAAGAAACCCGCGGCCGCCAAAAAGAGUCCGAAGAAACCCAAGAAGCCUGCGGCGGCCAAGAAAGCUACCAAGAGUCCGAAGAAGGCAAAGCCAGUCAAACCUAAAAAAGUCGCUAAAAGUCCGGCGAAGGCGAAAGCUGUGAAGCCCAAAACUGCCAAGUCGAAGGCAGCCAAACCUAAAGCGGCAAAGGCUAAGAAGGCGUCGUCGAGGAAGAAGUAAACAUGAUCAGUGCGCUUUCAAAAACCCAAAGGCUCUUUUAAGAGCCACCCACCUAAUCAAAAAAGAGCUCGUUAUUCAUCCCGCAUGUGUACUGCCACCCUGUGCACGUUUUCUUGGAAAUAAGUUGCACUGCGGCUUACUCCGAGGAGUGUGCAGAACAAUUUAGUCUCAAUCCCUAAAUUUGGGAUGUUCAAUCAGCAACUUUAGCUGUCACUUUGCUCUAGGCUGGUGUGCCAUUUUAAGAUAAGUUUUGUUUUUAGGUACUCAUUUAUUAAACUAGCGGGCAUGGAAGCGGCACACUCUCUAGAAGAUCUUACUAGGAACACAAGCGCACUUUUGCUCCUGGAAAGUUAACUUCUAACAAGUUAAACAAUAACCAGGGAUUGAUCCUCUUGAAUAAAACUAGACUGAAAGCAUCCCGGAAAACUUGCUUGUUUGUCCAAAGGGAGUGUGGGGGAUUCGCCAGUGAUUUUUAGGCUACAACCUUAGGCGUAGCUAGGGCCACAUCUUAUUCCCAGUAGGAUGGUCUCCUGAGCUAAAACGUAUAGAAUUGGGUUCAGUUUGUUUAUGAGGAUAUCAUCCUACUCUAUAAUCCUAUAUACAUUUGCCUAAAAGUAACUCCUAUGUAAACACAAUGGGGUUUAAUCCCGAGUAAAUGUUUAAUUGGUAGCAUUUCAGAUUUACAAAGUAUUAAAAGAGCCCUGUGCCUGUGAAAAGCGGCUGUCAAUUUUUUUUUAUCACGUGGCUAUGUUAGGUUAUCUUUGUCAAAAUUUUCUGGCUAGUACUUAGGUGAGAAUCUCAAACCCAGUUUUUUCCCUCAGACCUAUUGAAUUCAAUGGAUUGACUUGCAAGAAAUGUGAAUUAUGAGGAUUUCAAUUUAAGACAAAAUAGAACGUGGGGGGGCAGAAGCAACUCUCAAAGAACUUUAAAAUUGAU